GAUGAGCUACAAGAAGCAAUUUCUGCUCGUGCAGCAAGAGAGCAAACAGAUGAUUACUCAGAUGACUUUGAGAGUGACAAAGAUGACAUGUUAAAUGGUAUUGGGGAAGAACUUAAUGAAAGUAAUUCAGGUGCUGAAAGCACUAAGAAAUCAGUUGCUGUUGAGAGUCCUCUCUCAGAUGAUGAUGCUUCACAAAAAGCAGCAGAUUUGGAAAACGAAGCUGCUGAUGACUUGAUGUUAUCCUGUCAUGAGAAGAAGCCUUGGCAAAUAAUAUGUUUAGAAAGUGAAAACAUACAGGAUGACAGAAAAGAUGGUGAAGAAGAAUGUUUGGAAAGUCAAAAUGAGGAUGAUGACAGAAAAAAUAAUGAAGAGUGUUCAGCUACUGAAGAAGUGCCACGUGAUAAUAGUGAAACUGGCCUCUGUAAUGACCUGCCUGUUCAUGAACUACCGAAAAAAAGAAAUCAAAGGGAAAACAAACCAAUACCAAAGCCACGGCUGCAUAGAAUAAGAAAUGCUUCAGCAUCAGAUCAAGAUCAGAAGAUCAACACCAGUGACUUGAAACUGGAGGACUGUGGUAGAAAAUCCCCUUCUGUGACAGAAGUAAUGAUGACCACAGUGUCCGAGAAAACAAAGGUACGAGAGAAGUCAGCAGAUGACAGUUCAGACGAGACGAUUAAACCAGUGGAAGGGCAAAUAGUGACUGAUACCUUACAGGAGGUAUCAGUGAUUGACCAAUCUGAGCACGGGGAGGCAAAGAACACUUCAAAGGACUCUGCCAAGAAACUAAGUGAAACAAAGGAGAGAGUUCGACAAAACCCGAAAGCUUCUUCAUCUGACAGGUCUCUGUCUUCUGCGCACUUAAAGAAAAAGGCAAAAGCUGUUGCACCAGCUGCACCUGUUUCAUCUCAAUAUCUGGGAACAUUAAAGGUGCUGGAGGAUAAACACGUGCAGAAGAACAGUACAGAAUUUCACAAAGCGGAUAGUUUACGAGCAGCUGUUUUCCAGAAUUGGUUGGAAAAAAAGAGGGCCUUUCUUCUGGAAUUAAAGAGAAUAGAGAAGAAGAAAGCUGAAGAUCUAAGGAACGAUGCUGAAAAGAAAGAAGCUGUUAAAAGAGAGGAAGCAAAUGCAUCUUUUGAAGCCUGGAAAAGAAAGAAAGAAAGAGAAGCAAAGCAGUUAAGCGAAAAAAAGAAGCUUGAGGAACUUAAGAAAAAGAAAACAGCAGAACAAGAUGAGGAUAAAACAGAAGCCGCACAGAAG